UCAGGAGGAACUAACAUUCGGUAGGUCUUAUAGCCGGUCGGAACGCUUACUGGUAACACCGGAAUCGCGCUCUCGACGGAGAUUGCCGGGGAACAUGCCUAAGUUUUACUGUGACUACUGUGACACCUACCUUACACAUGACUCGCCAUCGGUGAGGAAGACUCACUGCAGUGGCCGAAAACACAAAGAAAAUGUGAAAGAUUACUACCAGAAAUGGAUGGAGGAGCAGGCUCAGAGUCUGAUCGAUAAAACAACGGCUGCCUUCCAACAGGGAAAGAUUCCUCCCACACCAUUCCCUGGUGGCCCUCCCCCAGGUGGUCCUCCUCGGCCGGGCAUGCUACCAACACCCCCUAUGGGAGGUCCACCUAUGAUGCCCAUGAUGGGACCUCCACCUCAUGGAAUGAUGCCGGGCGGACCCGGAGGCAUGAGGCCGCCGAUGGGAGGACCCAUGCAGAUGAUGCCAGGACCGCCACACAUGAUGCGUCACCCUCGACCGAUGAUGAUGCCGGUCAGGCCGGGCAUGAUGCGCCCAGACAGAUAAGACCAGGUGGACUCUCUCCGCUCUUUGUUGCCAUGAACAGACACUGUCGAGUGAGGACACUUGGGUUAACACUUGGACUUUUCAGUGCGACUUUUUAAAUUUUCCAACACCCACACUCUUCAACCUGAAACCCGAUGUUUCCGAUGUGAUUUUUUUUUUUUUUGGUGUAGUUACCGGUACUUAAUUUUCUUGUGCCUGACUUGUGGUAUUUAUUACAAUUCACCUCCAUUAGAAUUUGUUUCAGAUCCCUGUUUUAAAGACCCUUUAUUUUAAAUCAUGAAACGUCCUCUCUUGUGUUAGUAUUGAGUUUGAAAGAUCUCGUCUCACUUCGACAAACUGUUCAGCACACGUUGAAAGAUCGUGCUUGAUAUGACAAUAUUUGUUGCUACAUUUUUACUUUUGUUUUAGAUUUUACAUGUAUUUUUUUGUUAUAUUUCAUGACAUUGUUUUGAGGAAUAAAACAAUGAUUUCAAACCUG